AUGAAACAACAAUUUGAUUAAUCAGAUGAACUACAUACAAAAUUGAUGGCAUUGUCUAAUUUACAACCUUAAAAAACUGAAAAACUAAUUGGGGAAGUUGAGAAACCAAACAAUAUCCCUCCCCUUCCUGAUGGAUUCAAAGUAGAACCACCACAAUUUGAUACAAGUAAACGUUUGAAUCAAGGACCAAAGUCAUGGGAUUUACCAUAAGAAUUAUAUAAAAAGCAUUUACCAAAAUACAAUAUUGGUACAAUUGUUAGAAUUUAAGAAUUAUUAAAUGCUGGAGAUAGUUAUAUCGGCUAAACAGUAACUAUAGCUGGCUGGGCUAAAACCGUAAGAGCCUAAAAGAAUUUAUGUUUUGUGGAAUUGAAUGAUGGAACUAGUUUUGCAGGGUUACAAAUAGUAAUUUCUGAAAAAAUAAAGAACUUUGCAGAUAUAAUUAAGACUAAUGUGGGGUUCUCCUUAAAGAUGACCGGAAGUGUUGUUUAAAGUCCUGCGAAGGGUUAGUUGAUUGAAAUGUUAGUGGACGAUAACUUAAAACAUGAAGUUAUAAUAGUUGGAUGUGCUGAUCCCCAAGAAUAUCCAAUGGCUAAAGGAACUCAAAAACCUGAGACUUUAAGAUAGAAGGCUCAUUUGAGACCAAGAAGCAACUUUUUUGGUGCUGUUACUCGUAUAAGAAAUAACUUGGCUUAUGCAACACAUGUCUUUUUUUAAAAUAAUGGAUGCCUAUAUAUACAUACACCAGUUAUAACUGGUAGUGAUUGCGAAGGAGCUGGAGAUAUGUUUAAAGUUACUACAAUAUUUGACAACGAUUUAUAGAAGGUUCCAUAACUCAAUGGUAAAGUGGAUGUAACACAAGAUUUCUUUAAAAAAGAAACCAAACUUACGGUUUCUGGCUAAUUAUAAGUGGAGAAUUUUUGUGUUAGUAUGUCAAAUGUAUAUACUUUUGGACCUACUUUCAGAGCUGAAAAGGCUCAUACUCAUAGACAUCUGGCUGAAUUUUGGAUGAUCGAACCAGAGUUUGCUUUUGCUGAUUUAUUUGAUAAUAUGGAAGCAGCCGAAGGAUAUGUCAAGUUUUGUAUAAAUUAUAUACUCGCAAAUAACUAUGAUGAUUUGGAAUUCCUAAAUAAGAGAGUUAAACAAGGUCUAAUUGAUUAUUUAAAAGAUAUUGUUAGCAAAGAGUUCAUUAAAUGUUCCUACACUUAAGGAAUUGAAAUUCUAUUGAAUGCUUAAUAGGCAGGAGCCAAAUUUGAAAACAGUAAAAUUGAAUGGGGUAUGGAUUUAAAUAGCGAACAUGAGAGGUUCCUGGCUGAAAAGGUAUUUUAAAGGCCAGUGUUCAUUUAUGAUUACCCAAAGGAAAUUAAAGCUUUCUAUAUGAAAGUAGCAGAAGAUGGAAAAUGUGUAAGAGCCAUGGAUAUGCUUGUACCACAAGUAGGAGAGUUAAUUGGAGGGUCUCAAAGAGAAGAAAGAUAUGAUGUUUUGGCUUAAAGAAUAACAGAAUGUGGUUUGAAAUUGGAGGUUUAUAGACCUUAUUUAGAUUUAAGAAGAUACGGUACAGUACCUCAUAGUGGGUUUGGCCUAGGAUUUGAAAGACUUGUAAUGAUGAUUACAGGUGUAGAGAACAUUAGAGAUGUUAUACCGUUUCCAAGAUAUCAUGGUAGUGCCGACUGGUGA